AUGUACCGUUGGGCGUGUGACCGCCUCAACGAGGAACCUUCUUUUGAUGCUUUUCGCCUGAUAUAUAAGAGUCGUGAUUCGACGAAUUGUUGGUCGAUCGGGAGGCGGGAUGGCGCUGUAGGCCUUGUUACUGGGAUGCCGAAGCUAGAUUCUCCUUGGUACAAGGAGUACUUCUUCGCCCGGCCUUCAUGGAAGUGGUGCUCGGGCGAUGUGGAACAGCCGACGGGCUAUGUGGUUGGCUCCAAAGAGGCUUGGUGUGCUUCAAGCCAGUUUCCGCGGUCAGUGAAAGACCAUGUAGACUGCCUGGUAGAGGGAUUUCAGCUGCGGGUGACACAUAGCGGUCCCAAGAGAGCUUACCAGCACGUUCGUGGUUUCUAUGGUUUGAAGGAAUUGGCCAAUGCGAACCGGCCGAAAGGGAAGAAGCGGGGAACCGCUGUUGCGAGGACUGGUGUGGCCUCUUCUUCAGCGGCCAUGGUGACACGUGGUGCGGGGAAGAGACCGCUGGAGCCAAGUGGUCUUCAUGGAGACGCUAAGCGCCCUAAGGCAGGACUAGCUCAGGGGAGGGUAGGAGAGGCUCGCGGUAAGACCGCUCAUCAAUCUGACCAGCCCAACCCUAUAACUUUAUCCCCUCUCGCGGCAACCGAUACUGAGGCGGCCGAGCUAGCUUUCCAUACCGUGAGCGAUCAGCUCGCCAUGCCAUCAGAGUACACUUCCACUUCGCAGGGGUGCAACCGACGAAUCGCUGGAAUCGCUUCCCAGUUCUUUUUCUCGGCUCAGAUUGGAUUUUCACAAAUCAUUAUGCUGAAUGACCGCCUAUCCAAGACCGUGGAUGAGAAUACGGUUGAAAUAGCCAAGUUGAAGAAAAGUUUGGCCGAAGGGCGGUCAGCGCUGAUAGAGGAGCUGCGUCCCGAGUUGGAGCGCGGCUUUGAGGAGCAUUUGCCCAAGAAAAGAGAAAAACUGUCCGCGGAGAAAGAGGCUCAUGUGGCGGUCGAGAGUGAGCGGGAUAGUAUGCAAAGGAAGCUCCACCAAGCAGAAGAGAUCGGGAGGACGUUGCUGGAGGAGUAG